AUGUCUAUGAUGACUGUAUUAGUACAGGAUAGUAGUGGACAAUAUCAAGAGGCUCGAGCGCUCUUAGACAGCGGCAGUCAAAGCAGUUUCCUCACGGAACAUUGUCGUAACAGGUUAGGGGUGACACGGGAUAAAUGCAGUGUAGCUGUGCAAGAUAUGGCCGGCCUACAAGUACCGCUGAUAAAAGCACGUACUCAAAUUAUCAUCAGAUCCGUAAGGCGUAACACGUCUCUCUUCCCAGUUGAGACUUUCAUACUACCUCGCAUCACGGUGGAAAAGACCAGUCCGGCAGAACAAAAAUGCGAAGAGAUCUAUCGUACCACUACUACUCGACAGGUGGAUGGUUGA